AUGCCUGGUGGUGGUGCUGUUCACCUUGCGGCCACGACCGAUGUCGCCCGGAUCGAAGCCCCUGUCACUUUCAGAGCUUACCUGAUGUGCGCCUUUGCUGCCUUUGGAGGGAUCUUCUUUGGGUAUGACUCAGGAUACAUCAAUGGCGUGAUGGCAAUGAAGUAUUUCAUCCAUGAGUUCACCAGAAAGCCGUAUCCAGGGGCAGAUGCUACGGCUGCAGAGAAAGCUGCUUUUGCCAUCCCUUCAUCGCGCCAAUCCCUGAUCGUGUCAAUCUUGUCUUGUGGAACUUUCUUUGGUGCAAUCAUUGCGGGCGACCUAGCCGACUUCAUCGGCCGCCGAACCACCAUCAUUGCCGGUUGCGUCGUCUUCUGUCUCGGUGCCGCCCUCCAAACUGCUUCCACAGCUUAUGGUCUUCUCAUCGCCGGACGUCUCAUCGCUGGCUUUGGUGUUGGUUUCGUGUCUGCCAUAAUCAUACUGUACAUGUCGGAAAUUUCGCCCCGCAAGGUUCGCGGUGCUCUUGUGUCUGGCUACCAGUUCUGCAUCACCCUCGGGCUCUUGUUGGCGUCGUGUGUUGUCUACGGCACGGAAAACUUCACCGACUCCAGCUCAUACCGAAUACCAAUCGCUCUCCAGAUGCUCUGGGCUAUUAUCUUGGCGACAGGACUGUUUGUGCUGCCUGAAUCUCCACGUUAUUUUGUCAAACGUGGGAACCUUGACAGAGCAACCCAUGCUCUUGCCAGGCUGCGAGGUCAGCCUCGUGACUCUGAGCUGAUCCAGCAAGAACUGGCAGAGAUCGUCGCAAACCACGAGUAUGAGCUGCGGGUCGUUCCCCAGGAAAGUUACGUUGCGAGCUGGGCCAACUGCUUCAGAGGGAGUCUGUUCAGACCGAGCUCAAACCUGCGACGGACGAUUUUGGGUACUUCUUUGCAGAUGAUGCAGCAGUGGACCGGAGUCAACUUCAUCUUCUACUUUGGUACCACUUUCUUCACCCAGCUUGGAUCCAUUCAGAAUCCCUUUCUGAUUUCUCUCAUCACCACCCUUGUGAAUGUCUGUUCGACACCGCUGUCAUUCUGGAUCAUCGAGCGAUUUGGUCGGCGGUCCAUCAUGAUCUGGGGUGCUCUCGGCAUGGUCGUGUGUCAGUUCAUCGUGGCAAUUGCUGGAACUAUCGACGGCCGCAACCCACAGACAGUCAAGGCGGAGAUUGCAUUCAUUUGCAUUUACAUCUUCUUUUUCGCAACCACUUGGGGACCAGGUGCGUGGGUGGUGAUCGGAGAAGUCUUUCCUCUGCCUAUCCGAUCGCGCGGAGUCGGGCUAUCUACCGCCUCGAAUUGGCUGUGGAACUGUAUCAUUGCCGUCAUCACACCAUACAUGGUCGGAACCGACAAAGGCAACCUCGGGCCCAAGGUUUUCUUCAUCUGGGGUUCCCUGUGCGCAUGCUGCCUUGUGUAUGCCUAUUUCCUCAUUCCUGAGACCAAAGGCCUUACGCUCGAACAAGUCGACCGCAUGCUGGAAGAGACGACUCCACGGACGUCAUCGCGAUGGACGCCAAAGACGACCUAUGCGGCAGCAAUGGGAGUUAAUGAAGCUGGUGAACUCAAAUCAGAGGUCGUUGAAGGCAUCCAUCAUAAGAGUUCUGCUGUUUGA